AUGGCAGCCAAGGCUACAGCCAUGAAUCUUCAGCUGAAGGCCUUUGUGAUCCUCAGCUUGGUGGCUUCAUCUGGGCUGAGCCUCUCAAGUGGUACCUCAGUGGACCUACAGGCUGGGCUCUCAGUCUUGGCUCUUUGCUUCAUCUUCCUCCUGGGCCUCAAGACUGAGCUCAGCACCUUGGUGCAGGUUCUGCAGAACCUCAGAGAUGACCUUUGGUAUGCUUCUGAUCAUUCUCAGCAGAGGCUUGACUUCAUCUCAGAGAAGUUCACAGAGUGGGACUUGCUGCUGAGCACUGCUAUCUUAGCCACCAGGGAGGGUGUCAUGUACAAUCGAUUCCUCAGGGCACUCUACAGCAGGACUGCCUCAGAUGAAGAGCUCAGGCAGGAGACCCUGGUGGUGGAGAACACUCAGCGACCUGAGCUCUCAGUACUUUGGGCCCGCCACCAACCUGAGAAUGACAUCAAUGAGUUGCUGGCCUCAGCACAUGCUUUCAGCUGUGCUAAGCAACAUUGGCUCAGUGCACAUAGCAGGGAAGUAGGACUCAGAACCAAGGCUGAGAGGCUCAAUGUGCUUAGCAGCAUAGACCUCUCAGAUGUGGCUGAGCCUGACCUACUUUCUCAGUGGAACAUUGAAGCUGAGGUGGAAUGGCACCUCAGUGAUCUACAGGCUCAGAAUGAAUUCUGA